UAUGUCACAGUAAAUCAUGGUAAAAUAUAAAAUAUUUGACCUAAAAGUGUGUUUACAGCUUUUAAUAGUUUAACAGUGUGGUGUAGGACAGUUCAGCUAAUCUUUUAUCCAGCUUGUGUGUUUCUGUGUGUGAGAAUCUUGCCUGGAGUCCUUUUGCGAUUAUGAGGCGAAAAGUCAUGAGAUUCUCCUUGACUUUUUUCUCUGAGGAGAAGUUUUCGAACAUCCUUUUUCAGUUCAUCCCUUCACUCUUUACAGGCCUUCCUAGUGUUUUUCUACUGACUCGACAUGGACAGUGAGGAUCCAGACAAGGUCCAGAUUGGCGAAAAUAAAUUUGUAAGCAAGAGCAUUCUCCUCUCAAACCUUAACACAUACAACCUUUAUUACAAAGGAGGAGCCCUCCAGUUGAGACACAGAGAGGAGGAAGGAGAGUUGAUCAUAGAGGGUUUACUCAAUGUUUUUUGGGGCGUGAGGCGGCCAAUCAGACUGCAGAUGGAGGACGAGAAGGAGGCAGGCAGGCCACGCCCCUCACUAACAUCUCUGAGUGCCGAAACGGACAUCAACACACUCGAUGAGGUCACUACAGCAGACGACCAAUCAAAAGACUUCAGCGAAGAGAAGGAAGAGGCAGGUGAGGAACAGCAGGAGUCGACACACUCCGAUCGGCUCCCCAGGACCAAGAGUGAUGUCUGUGGAAGGAGAAUUAACGGACGACGACUUGGAAUCAGGAGAGUCAAGAGAAACCGAUGCUCCUUCAACGGCCACUUUUAUAACCACAAGACGGCAGUUUUUACCCCAGCGUUCGGCUCUGUGACCAAUGUCCGUGUCAACAGCUGUAUGACGACAGCACAGGUCAUGCGAGUGCUGCUUUACAAGUUCAAGAUUGAGAACAGUCCGGAUGAAUUCAGCCUCUAUAUCGUCCACACGAGUGGAGAGAGACAUCAGCUGAAGCCUAAUGACUAUCCUUUGGCGCUCAGAGUUUUGCAAGGCCCUUGUGAACAGGUCAGCAAAAUGUUCCUUAUGGAGACGGACCAGGUAGAAGAGGUCACCCAUGAUGUGGCACAAUACAUCAAGUUUGAGCUUCCUGUUUUACAAAGCUUCAUUGCUAAGCUGCAAGAGGAAGAAGAAAGAGAGAUGCAGAAACUGAAGAAGAGGUACAUUGAUAUGCAACGUAUCAUCAAGAAAUGCAUGCGGUCUUAAGCUGAUUCAACUACAUGAUGAAGCUGUUCAGGCAUGUAUCAUGCAUCUGAACACCAUCUUUAAAGCACCAGCAUCGACAAAAUGGUGCUAUCUCAGGAAAAGGCACAUAUUUGUAGCUAAAUUAUUACUUUUAUUAUCUUAACAUAUUAUAUAAUAUCAUAAUACAGCAAUAUCCAAAGGUACCAUGACUUUCUCUAAAUAAGCUUCAUUGGAUAAACAGCAGACUGUUACUGUUACUAACAUUGUUUGACUUUCACUCAUGCACAAUGAUAAUAAUAAGCCGUAAGAAUCGUAAUUCAAAAUUUGAUAUAAUGUAGAGCCCAUAUUGUGUGAUUAAAUAGACAAGAAAGAAAUAUCAUUUAAAAAUCUAAUGUAUUUGCC